UCCGGUCUUAUGACAGCUGACUUGUGUUUAUAGUUGGACGGGAGAGGAGUUUGCAAGUUACUCUCCUACUUUCUCGACUUUCGCGUCUUUUUUGUGUUUAGAAAAGACACAUUUUCUCCUUCAGAGUUCUGGCUAAGGAACACACUGUAACCAUGCUUUUGUUUCUACUACUUUUCCAAGUGUUUGCCUCUCACACUUUGUCUGAAACGGAAAUGAUUUCCAUAGAGAAUGCAACAACAACGACGUCAACGAAACUCACGCCAGUGUUCGACAUGUGCAAAGCUUUUUACAAUCAGUACAUGGAACAGACUGAUCGUCUUGUCAAGUGUGAGCUGGUGUAUGCCAAUCCCUUCCGGAUGUGUACUAAGUGUAUAAAGGAGUAUUUCUCUGCAAGUCAAACGUACAAGGACUUGAUUAAUCAGCCUGAGCUAGAGGCAUGUCGCGAGAAAUAUUUAGUCGCUGACCGUGUGCAGGUCGUCCCCACAAUACAGAAGAACAUAGAACAAAUGUGGGACGAUGCUGACUGUAAAGAUUGUACGGAAAAUGUUACCAUCAACUCGACCACGAUGGAAGUAAGCUACUCAGUGCCGACUGAUGUGUUGGAAUUUGCAACAUUGUACUUCAACUUCACCAACUGUGUUGAUGCUCAUACAGUUCAAUUGGAUGAUGCUGUAGGGCCUCAGGAUAACCUGACUGUCUGCCAACUUUGUUUGGAGGAAUACUCGAGGCUCAGCGACCACUACAGCAGCAUGUCUGACUUAAAGAAAGGAAUCCUGUGUAUGGACGUGGUGGAUAUGAGAAACGUCUAGACACAAGUACAGAUGGGGCGUUCGUCUCAUCACAGACAUAUGGGGCAGCAGGCGACUCAGUAGACAACACCCAACAGACGGGCAGUGUAUUGCGACCUGUGACGUAACGAUGCUGACCUUCAACCCCUGGCCCAGCUCGGGGUUGUGUGAGGGCUCAGUGCGUGGGGAUUUUCUGUUGGUGCUUGACUGUGUGCGGAGAUGUUGCAUUCAGACUUGUCUUCUGUUUUCAUCGGAGAUAUUAUUUAAAAUAGUCGCUUUACGGGUGAUCCAUACGAAAAUGUGGAAGUACUUGUAGUUUUAACUAUGCUUACUUAAUGUUUGUGAAUGAGGCAAUUUUGUUUGGCUGCUGUUUGUCAGAGAUUGGAAUGAUGUGAAUGAUUCUGGGGCGGGGGGAUACGUGUGCGUAAGUCAACUGAGCUGAUUCAUGAUAAGAUAGUUUACAAUCAUUGUAUGAGUUUUCCAUUAACUUUUAUGUUGUACAUUUUGUACAUGAUAUAGAACUUCCGGCUGUGGAAUUUGUCUGAAAAGAAAAGAAGACAACAUUGAGUUCACUCAAAGUGCCAUUCAAAAAUUUGCUACGCAUCCAACCAAAGUUUAAACUGUUUAUUUUUACUCUUUUCUUUUACCUCGGUUGCUUCAGCACUGAAUAGCAUCUGCCAGCAAUUAUUGAGUUUUUUAAAUGAUAUAUUACCAUUGUUUGUGAUGCCACGGUUAGGCGUUUUGCCAUUGUGUGCAGAAGACAUUUGUUCAGUUCCCAUGUGGGGAUAAUUUUUACCAUGUAUCUCCAUCUGUCUCCUGGGAUGCUGUAUCUCUUUCAGCUAUGGUUUGCCCUGACAUGCAGGGUCAAAGCAGCCUGCCUCCUUAAUGAUAUAUUUAGUUUAAAUAGGAGUGUAAUACUUAAGCAAUUACAUUUUUAUAAAAGAUAUAUAAUUUUACCCUGAUAGUUGUGAGUCAAAGAAAAUUUUCAAUCUAAUACAGCUUUACAUUGCAUGGACAGUGAUUUUCUGUGAAUGUACAAAUAGCAGAGAUUUUCUUGUCAUUCAUGAGAAAUACUUUGCUCAGUUUUUUUUCCCUAUCCAAAGUGAUACAGUGUAUCAUUGUAAAUAACCUGUUUUGUCUUUUAACGAAGAUUUUCAAGAUGUGCUUGAGUAGAUUUCUCGUUUUUCUUUUUGUUUACCUACCAUACCACGAGUCGUCGACCCUAUAUUGUUUGUUUUCUGGAACAUUCAGUGUUCUUAGAUAAAGUCAUAUGACGUCAGCCAAUAAAUCUAAACGUCUAACUCCAAUUUCUUGAAUUUUGCAGGAGAGACAAAAAACUGUAUUCAAUGGCACUUAUGGGAUUUACUGCCUUUAAAAGCACUAGACUGAAAUAAAUUACUCUACUUUAAAGUAUUUAUGUAAAAAUUACCGAAGUUUUGUUGUUUUUCAGUCCUGAGUGACACAGAUACACCACUCCCUUUUGAAUUUCUUAGCUUCCAAUUGUUGCUAAACAACAUGUUUGUUUUGAAUUCUCCGACCUUGCACUGCCAGCGCACGCUUUGCUAUGUCUGACUCUGUCAUUCUGACAUGUUAAUGUUACUGAAAAACUCGAAAUGACUAGAUCUGCGGUCAAUCCAAUAAGAAACCUAUGGUGCUAUAAACGAUCUAAUUAGUACUACAUAGUAUUUGUAUACCCAUGCUAUAGAUCUAGAAUCUAACAAUGGUACUGUUAUUAUAACAAAAACUGAACGUUGCACUUUAUUUCCACAUAAUUCUAGUUAGGCAAUGGGCUUGUGCACUAAUAAAGUACGACUUUAAGUUUUUACUAUACAGCUACCAUUCGAUCCGCCAUUCUCAAGGAAAUUGUGAGAAGGGUUGGUUACUUCUCUAGUUAUGAGAGGGGGGGGGGGAGAAGAAUUUUCGUAGGAGUCGUCUUCAUGUUGCUUUUUUCAUGGCUAAUUCUUCCUACGUUUGAAGCGCACAUUCUGUUGCAGUGCUUGCAUUUAGUAAAGUGGACCGAAACUCUGUAUUUCCGCUGUUUUCCUUUAGCCGUUGGCGCUUUUCAGCCUACUUGUUUCUGAGGCUGCUCUCUGGCUCAAUAAUUCUUUCCUUUAUCAUUCUCUUCCAUGUUUUCCUGUCUUCAACUAUUUCGUCCCAGAUGCUGACAUCUACUAGAAACUUAGAUACGCUGUUUUUGCAGAUGUCUUUGUUCCUCAUGUUUGGCCUUCCUAUUGGUUUCUUUCCCUUUUCAAGUUCUCCUUAGAGCACACUGGUGACGUACUCAAUUCUUACUGAACCGGAUUACUGGAAGAAGAUGAAGUACUAAAUCAAUAGUUUAAAUCCAACAUUCACACAAAAAAAAUAAA